AAACUGCUUAGAGAAGGCUGUAAAGCACUGUGAAGUGGUAUAUAAGUCUAAGGGCUACUGCUAUCUGUAGCAAGGAAGAAAAUAGUCAUCUGUUCUUCUUUUCCACGUACAGAAAACGUCAAACUCAACGCAUACUUUAUCAUGUAUGCUCUCUUAACACAUCACCGGGAUGUUUUUGUUGCAGAGGUCAAAGUGGCCGUCCUUGGACAAAGGCUAUUGUUUCAAUCUGAUAUUGCAGAGUUGGGAUUGCCAUCACACUAUUGACUUACCUUCUCAAUGAUUAAACAGGGACCAAAGUUCCUUCUCGCCAAUCAACCUUCCAAUGAAUACAAAAUGAUGUCAAAUCCAACAAACCUCCUUGCAGUUCUCCACUGUCACAACAAUUAAGACAGAUAAAUUGGGAGCCUCUCCAUCUGCAUAUAGUGAAAUGUGAAUUGCUUGGCCAAGGACAGAGGAAUUUGGAUCUCCCCCAGUAGAUCAUUAAACAAGAAUGUUUGAGGCACAUGCAAAAUAGGCCCCAGAGAGCGAUUCGUGUGCUUGGGGCGUGUAAACAUUGAACAGCUUAGGAUUGUGGGUGGAGACAUGGAAAGAGGGAAUCCCAGCAAGGAAGCUGUCCUCAUUACGGGUGGAAGUGGAUAUUUUGGCUUUCGGUUGGCUUCAGCCUUAGCCAAGAGCCAAGUGGAUGUGAUCCUGUUUGAUGUUUCCAAGCCUACCCAAGAGAUGCCCAAGGGUGUGACAUUUGUGCAGGGUGACAUCUGCGCGAUCCAUGAAGUGGAAGAAGCAUUCCAGGGUGUGUCCUGUGUCUUCCAUGUUGCUUCCUAUGGAAUGUCUGGCCGGGAGCAGCUCAACCCAAAACUUAUAGAAGAGGUGAACGUCAAAGGAACCGACAAUAUCAUCGAAUCUUGCAGGAGAGUUGGAGUCCCCAAACUUAUAUACACAAGCACGUACAAUGUAGUCUUUGGAGGCCAAGUCAUAGAAAAUGGAGAUGAAUCUUGGCCUUAUCUACCCCUACAUCUUCACCCAGACCAUUACUCAAGGACCAAAGCUUUGGCUGAAAUGAAAGUUCUGGAGGCCAACGGGACAGUCCUAAGGGAUGGCCGGGGAAUUUUGAGGACCUGCGCCAUAAGGCCUGCUGGCAUUUAUGGACCAGGAGAGCAGAGGCAUCUUCCAAGGAUUGUCAACUACGUUGAGCAAGGAUGGUUCCGGUGUGUCUACGGGAAUCCUAGCAGCCUGGUGGACUUCGUGCAUGUAGAUAACCUGGUGCAAGCUCACAUCUUAGCGGCAGAGGCUCUGGGUGCCACCAAAAACCAUACGGCUGCUGGCCAAGCCUAUUUCAUUUCGGAUGGGAGGCCGGUCAAUAAUUUUGAAUUUUUCCGCCCUUUGGUGGAAGGUUUAGGCUACACCUACCCGUCCCUCCGCCUCCCCCUGCCCCUGGUUUACUUCUUUGCGUUUGUUACGGAACUGGUCCACUUUGCAGUGGGACGCCUGUAUAACUUUCAGCCCCUCCUCACUCGCACCGAAGUUUACAAAACCGGCGUGACUCAUUUUUUCAGCCUAGCCAAAGCUAGAAGGGAACUGGAUUACAAGCCUCAGCAUUACAGCCUCCGCGAAGUGGUGGAGUGGUUCCGGAACCAUGGUCACGGCCAAAAGUUUAGCAAGUCCUCCGAAAAACACUUCAUCAGAAAUGCAGCUCUGGUCUUCCUUGCGGCAGUGAUGGUCCUUUGGUGGUCUUGGGGUUUCUUUUGAAGCCCCUCAAAUAAGAAAAUAUAACAGAGAUAGAAGCAGAGCUCAGGAAGCUAUGAGUUCCCUCCUAGGCAGCGACAGAUGCUUAUGUGUAAUUGUCUGCUGCUAACUCUGUGUAGGCAUCAGGAAGGGCAUCUGUCCAGUAAAUACCCAAUAGGUUUGAGGUUUAUUCGAUUUAUAUGCCCC